AGAAGGAAGGAGAGAAGUGAGGAGAGAAGGAAGGAGAGAAGUGAGGAGAGAAGGAAGGAGAGAAGUGAGGAGAGAAGUGAGGAGAGAAGGAAGGAGAGAAGUGAGGAGAGAAGGAAGGAGAGAAGUGAGGAGAGAAGGAAGGAGAGAAGGGAGGAGAGAAGUGAGGAGAGAAGGAAGGAGAGAAGUGAGGAGAGAAGGAAGGAGAGAAGUGAGGAGAGAAGGAAGGAGAGAAGGGAGGAGAGAAGGAAGGAGAGAAGUGAGGAGAGAAGGGAGGAGAGAAGGAAGGAGAGAAGUGAGGAGAGAAGGGAGGAGAGAAGGAAGGAGAGGAAGGAGAGAAGGGAGGAGAAAAGGAAGGAGAGAAGUGAGGAGAGAAGGGAGGAGAGAAGGAAGGAGAGUAGUGAGGAGAGAAGGGAGGAGAGAAGGAAGGAGAGUAGUGAGGAGAGAAGGGAGGAGAGAAGUGAGGAGAGAAAGGAGGAGAGAAGGAAGAAGAGAAGGAAGGAGAGAAGGAAGGAGAGAAGUGAGGAAAGAAGGAAGGAAAGAAGGAAGGAAAGAAAUGAGGAGAGAAGGAAGGAGAGAAGGAAGGAAAGAAGGGAGGAGAGAAGGGAGGAGAGAAAGGAGGAGAGAAGGAAGGAGAGAAGUGAGGAGAGAAGGGAGGAGUGAAGUGAGGAGAGAAGGAAGGAGAGAAGGGAAGAGAGAAGGAAAGAAAGAAGGAAGGAGAGAAGUGAGGAGAGAAGUGAGGAGAGAAGGGAGGAGAGAAGGAAGGAGAGAAGGGAGGAGAGAAGGAAGGAGAGAAGUGAGGAGAGAAGGGAGGAGAGAAGGAAGGAGAGAAGUGAGGAGAGAAGGGAGGAGAGAAGGAAGGAGAGGGAGGAGAGAAGGAAGGAGAGAAGGGAGGAGAAAAGGAAGGAGAGAAGUGAGGAGAGAAGGGAGGAGAGAAGGAAGGAGAGAAGGGAGGAGAGAAGGGAAGUUGGAGCGGUGGAGUCUUCGGGGACGGUCGGCCUCCGUCACGCUUGUGUGGAGCUGAGUGGCGGGCGGAGAGAAACCGGAGCGCUGCCACCGGUUGGUCGGAGGUUUAACUCCCUGCUGAACGCUUCCUGCUCGGGAUCAAAGUCUCCACUCAACAUGUUUCUGCUUCCAGGAAGCAGCCGACAGUUAAAGCUGCUCACUCUGAGUUAUCAGCUAGUAACAUGA